AUGACUGGGGUGGUCUACAAAAUUACUUGCCGUGAUUGUGGUGAUGAGUAUAUUGGCGAGACGGCAAGACCACUCAACGUGAGGGCUAAGGAGCACAUGGAUGGUAUGAGACGAUUGAAAGAGUCUACUGCCUUAGGGAGUCACCGAAUGCGAAAGCACAACGGAGGCGGUUUCGAAGUUACCGUGGAGGUCGUAGCACAGGAGUCGGAAUUGUGGGCGCGCAAAACCCUCGAGGCAUUUUGGAUACAAGUCACUGAUCCAAAAAUGAAUCGUAGGGAAGAAUGUCUCGCAAUUACGCGGGAGCUGCGGCCUUAUAUAAGAUUGGCCUUCCCGCAGUGA